UUGUUUUUCAUUUGCAUACGUACCCGAUAAUAUGCUGCUGCACUUUACCCCUGAGGAUAACGAAGGUUUAUUGUGGUCUCACUUCCUCAGAAAACCUGAUUUAAUUUAUUAAAGCGGUUUUCUCUCCUGACCGUGGUCUUUGUUUUUUGUCUACCCGCAUUCGGAAAGUCCCGCCUCCUGUUCUUGGAUUGGCUAAUGGUCGGCUCUUACUCGCGGCUCUGUAUAACUUCAAGGCUGAAAGGAGCGAGCUAUUCUGACCAGUCACAGCGCAGGAGUCGGAAUACGGGUUUUCCUUUCCUGGAUUCACUGCUUUCAGAAGAUAUGAUUUUUUACCUGAAACUGAAACAGUUUAAUCAUAAAUGAAAGAAAUUUCCGCCUCAUUUCUUUCCAAGAGAGCUCAGGUCUGAGGAUGUGCUGCUGCUGAAGGAGUAUGUAGUUCCUGCUUUCACUCAGGAGGAGAAAGAGAGAAGGGAAGCCGGGAGAGAAGAUGGAGGAGUUCACCACGCGGACGUAUGGCACCAGCGGCCUGGAUAACAGACCUCUGUUCGGGGAGACUUCAGCACGGGACAGGAUUAUCAAUUUAGUCAUUGGUGGACUCGCAUCUCUGCUAGUGAUAGUGACCAUUAUCAGCGCUUUCGUCUUCCCCUCGCUGCCUCCAAAGCCGCUGAACAUUUUCUUUGCAGUCUGUAUCGUGCUGAUGUGCGGCUCUGUGGUGGUUCUGAUUUUCUGGUACAGACAGGGAGACCUGGAGCCUAAAUUCCGCAAUCUGAUCUACUACAUGCUGUGUUCAAUUGUCCUGCUAUGCAUAUGUGCCAACCUUUACUUCCACGACGUGGGACGGGACAAAAAGUCCAACGCCUUAUCGUAGGAACUGCACCGUGGUGGGAGAAGGCGUGCGUCCAUGCGGGUCUUUCAGCACAAUGAAACGGGCGACUCUUUCUUUCCUCCAGCCCCGUGCGGUCGUCAUCAGGGCCAAAUCUGCCUCUGCAGGCCUUCGAAGUGGACCAACAGUGUUCUCGACGUGAAUAUAUGCGUAUUCUGUAGCACGGAGGAUGUGUAUGCAGAUGUUUUGCAUCCCGAGUGCUGUCUAUUUUUCCUGCAUUGCUAUAUAUGCCAAUAUAAUCGCCAGACUGUUCUUGACUAUAAGCCAUGGUUCUAUGCUGCAGAAAACAUUUUAUAUUUGUAGUAUUAUUAUUGUUAUAUGUUGGAUCUACAUUCCUGACAGAGCUCUUGCGUGUCUGAUGCAAUCUCGAAGCUGAAGCACUUACCAAAUCAGAGACGCCGCCGGAGCCUGGCAGAGUGAGACACUGCUGCUCGGGUUUCUGCACUCUCUGCACACUGUGUCAUUUGAUAUGGCUAAAAGAUUAAUGAUUGUUGAUAUUUAAUUUCUAAUGUGCAUUUUAUGUAAGAAAUAAACCCUUGUUCCCAUG